AUGCUGUACCUCGUGGGACUCGGUCUCGCCGACGAGAAGGACAUCACGCUCAAGGGAUUGGAGAUCGUGAAGAAGGCGGAGCGCGUGUAUCUGGAGGCGUAUACGGCGAUUCUGCUCGUGGAGAAAGACGUGUUGGAAGCCUUCUAUGGCCGGCCCGUCAUCAUUGCCGACCGCGAAAUGGUCGAAUCGUCGAGCAACGACAUCCUACAAGACGCAGACAAGGUAGACGUCGCCUUCCUGGUCGUAGGAGAUCCGUUCGGAGCAACAACGCACACCGACCUCGUCCUCCGCGCCCGCGAACUCUCUAUCCCCACACGCUCCAUCCCCAACGCCAGCAUCCUCACCUCCAUCGGCACCACCGGGCUGCAACUCUACAACUUCGGGCAAACCGUCUCCAUGGUCUUCUUCCUUGACAACUGGAAGCCGGCCUCCUUCUACGAUCGCAUUAAAGAGAACGUCUCCAUCGGCCUGCACACGCUCGUCCUGCUCGACAUCAAAGUAAAAGAGCAGUCGCUCGAGAACAUGGCGCGCGGACGCAAGAUCUAUGAGCCGCCGCGGUACAUGACGGUGGCGCAGUGUGCGCAGCAGAUGCUGGAAAUCGAGGAGGAGGUCAAGAAGGAGGGUGUGUACACGAGGGAGAGCCUUGCGGUGGGUGUUGCGAGGGUGGGGAGUGAGGACCAAAAUAUUGUGGCGGGGACGUUGGGGCAGCUUUGUGACGCGGAUUUGGGGAGGCCGCUUCAUAGCUUGGUGUUGUUGGGACGGAGGACGCAUGAUUUAGAGAGGGAGUUCCUCGAGGAGUAUGCGGUUGAUGAGGAGGGGUUCAAUGCGGUGUGGAAGAGGGACUAUGAGGGUAAAGGAUGA